AUGAGCGGUAGAUCUGACUACAUGGUCACCAGAACGUGCCCGGAUCUAAGAACAACCACAUUCAUGGGACCAGACGACUGGAAAACAGGUCAGGACCAUGCUCAACACCUCAAUAUAUACACGGACGGCUCCAAGAUGGAAGAAGGAGUUGGAGCGUGCAUAUACUGUACAGACCCUGAUAUGAGGCUGUCGUAUAAACUACCAAGCCAAUGCAGCAUAUUCCAGGCGGAAGUAUUCGCCAUAGGGAAAGCGGCAGAGCUUGCGCAGAGCAUUGACCCCCCACAUGAAGCGGUCAACUUGUUCGUAGACAGUCAAGCGGCGAUAAGAUCCAUGCAAUCGUCAGCGGUCAGUUCCAAAAGUGUACUGGCAAGCAAGGAGGCACUAGAUAUCCCUAGCACGACCACGUCAGUGCGGAUCUACUGGGUUCCCAGCCACCAGGGCAUCGAUGGUAAUGAGACGGCAGACGAACUUGCAAAAGGCGUCGGACUGGCGAAUGAAAGUUCAGAAAACGUUCCUGUCUCCCUUAGAACGCUCCGAAGCGAACUGGAAAGACGGGCCGACACACGAGCCAAAAGUAGAUGGAGAAGAACUUCCACCACCUGCAAAGUUUCAAAAAUCAUGUGCAAAGAGCGCAACGCAAUACUCAGCCACUACGUGCUGCAUCUUCCACGGAAAGACUGCAGACUCCGGAAAUGUGACGAAUUCGAGGCAAUUGAAACCUUGGAGCAUCUCAUUUGCAAGUGUCCGGCCCUAACAAGGGCAAGAAUAAACUACCUAGGCGCUCCGGUUCUGGCAUCGCUAGAAGAUGCCUCCAGGAAGAAGCCAGGCGAACUACUUGCCUUCGCAAAAAAUACCACGAUCCUAAAAGAUUUCGAAAACCGCGAAAACAUUCUCUAG